AAUCACAUGAUCGCUGUCCAGUGACGUAACGGAGCGAAACGCCAUUAGACUGAUCGCAGAGAUUGAUCGGAAGUGAAUUGGGUUUUAACAGAGGAAUCCGCCCGUGAAGUUGCUCGGAAACGCGUUUUGGCGGUUCUCUCCGCGCAUCGGAUUCACGCGUGCGGCUCUAUGGCCGCUGUGAUCGGGUAGAGGCUCGGACCAGAGGCUCUGCUGUUGUGUCAGCAUGGCGGCCGGAGGGAAGACGUACUCGUUCAAGGUGGUGCUGCUCGGAGAGGGAUGCGUCGGCAAAACAUCGCUGGUUCUGCGAUACUGCGAGAAUAAAUUCAACGACAAACACAUCACCACUCUACAGGCCUCAUUUCUCACAAAGAAGCUGAACAUCACAGGAAAGCGAGUCAAUCUGGCUAUAUGGGACACUGCUGGUCAGGAGCGUUUCCAUGCACUCGGGCCCAUCUACUACAGAGACUCCAAUGGGGCCAUUUUGGUCUAUGAUGUAACAGAUGAGGAUUCGUUUCAGAAGGUGAAAAACUGGGUAAAAGAAUUAAGAAAAAUGUUAGGGAAUGAAAUAUGUUUAUGUAUAGUAGGAAAUAAAAUUGACCUGGAAAAGGAAAGGCAUGUUUCAGUAGAGGAAGCUGAGGGGUAUGCAGAGUCUGUUGGUGCAAAACACUAUCACACAUCAGCCAAAUUAAACAAAGGAAUCGAGGAGCUGUUUCUGGACCUGUGUAAACGCAUGAUGGAGAGCGCUCAAGCAGACGAAAGAUCGCGUGGUAAUGGCACGAGCCACACAAGCACAGCGCGGAGAGGCGUACAGAUUGUCGAUGACGAACCCCAGACUGCAACAUCCGCUGGAGGCUGCUGUUCAUCCGGCUAAUCACAUCCACCAUAACCGGGACUGAAAACGCCCUUUCACGUGAUAACUGCCGCUCCCCACAGCUACACCCAUCUGCUACUGCUCUACAGCUCUAUCAAAUCAUUUCUUUAACAGUGUUUUUUUAUCGAAACGGUUGAUUAAAACGCCACUGGCUCCCAGGGCACUGCAGUGUUUAGGGAUGUAAAUGCCAGAUUGAUCCACACUGAUGAUAUUCACUUUAAUAUACAAAUUAAUAUAAAUAGGUACCAAACGGCCAACUGAUUUCCAUAGCUGUCUGAUACAUUAGCUGUUUCUUUUGGCAUGGUGUUGUGCAUGUAGAAUCUUUAAAGGCUUAAUUUUAUUUUACGUCCACGGAAAAAUAUUAUUUAAUAACUUAUUUACAAGUUAUAUCAGACAUCUUCACUUCCAAAGACCUCUGUUCUUCCAGUGUUCCAUAGGCUUGUGUCAUUAAGUCUCUUUUUUUUCUGUCGUUCAGGUCUAUCGAUCUUUAAAGAACUAAAAAACAUCCUCCUUGUAGAUUUUGUCUUCUCUUACAGGCUGAUUUGCCAUCAAGAUUUGAAAUUAAAAUCUUAUCUUGUUUGCUUGCAAAAUUAAAAAUUACUCAGAUGAUGUGUACUUUUUCAGCGCAACACGUGUCAAAAAAAGUGUUCAAUAUUCAUGUUGCAUGAAUGUAUAAUGAAUAUAUGCUCUGGUAAACACACAUUUACUGAAUUUGUGUUUUUUUAACUGCCAUUUUUACAAUGAAUGUUAAUAGUUUUUCCCCAAGCCCUGAACAUUUGGAUGUUUUUUGAAAACUACUAAUAGUUUUCCACAACACAUCACCUGUAAACACUGAGGUGCAGCUGUAAGCCUACUGUGCCUUUAAAUAAAAACGUCUAGAGUUACCCUU